GGGGGAGUCUGCGCGCAGGCGCUCUGCCCCCGCAGCUUCUGCCUGCCUCCGGGCCAUCUGAUGCGAGAUCGUAUCGCCGAGCUACUGUUCUCCAUUCUUUCCUAAAUUUAGUUUAAAUCUCAAAGGAGGCUGUGGUGUAUUGGAAAGAACUCUGGAUUUGGAGCCUGAAGAACUGAAUUUGAAUCCUGACUUUGUCCCUAACUCCCAGUGGGAACUUCGUAAUCUCUCAGAAAAAUGAGGGGUCGGAGUAGGUGACUGGGGGCAAGAAUGGUCUGGCCUGGGAAAGGGAGUAAGGAGGCAGGUGCACAGGCAUCCCUGAUCCACUGAGGCCUGAGGCCGUGGGCCAUGGCAGCUCAGCCCCUGGCCCGGCUCUCCAGCCUACCCACCGCUGUGGUCUAUGGCUCCUUGUCACUCUUUGUCUCCAUUCUACACAAUGUGUUCCUGCUGUACUACGUGGACACGUUUGUCUCUGUGUACAAGAUUGACAAGCUGGCCUUCUGGGUGGGAGAGACGGUGUUUCUUCUCUGGAAUAGCCUCAAUGAUCCACUCUUCGGCUGGCUCAGUGACCGUGGCUUCCUUAGCUCCACGCCUAGGGCAGGGGCUUCAAUCCCAUCGCAGGAUGUGGUUCUGACGAGGCUCCGGGCUCUCAGCCGGCAUGGCCCGCUGCUGGCUCUCGCUUUCCUGGCAUUCUGGGUGCGAUGGGCACCCACGGGGAUGCAGUUCUUGCUCUGCUUGUGUCUGUACGAUGGCUUCCUGACCCUGGUAGACCUCAAUCACCACGCCUUGCUGGCUGACCUGGCCUUGUCUGCCCGUGGCCGAACACACCUCAAUUUCUACUGCUCUCUCUUCAGUGCAGCUGGCUCCUUCUCCGUCUUCGCCUCCUACACUGUAUGGAACAAGGAAGAUUUUUCUUCCUUCCGUGUCUUCUGUGUGGUUCUGGCUGUCUGCUCCGGGCUUGGCUUUACUGGAGCCACGUGGCUACUGAGGCAGCAGUUUGAGACAGAAGGGAGGAUGCUAGGGGCCCUGCAUUCAGCCUCAGAAGGCCCAGAUGUGGAGAAACCAUCAGCAGAUGAGGGGGAAAAAAGAGUCACCCUGGGCGAGUACCUCCAGCAGCUGGCCCGCCACCGAAACUUCCUCUGGUUCGUAGGCAUGAACUUGGUGCAGGUCUUCCACUGCCAUUUCAACAGUAACUUCUUCCCUCUCUUCCUGGAGCACCUGCUGUCAGACCAGAUCUCUCUCUCCAUGGGCUCCUUCCUGCUGGGGGUGUCCUACAUCGCUCCUCACCUCAACAACCUCUACUUGCUGGCACUGUGCCAAAGGUGGGGUGUUUACUCAGUGGUUCGAGGGCUCUUCCUUCUUAAGCUGGGCCUCAGUCUACUUAUGUUGCUGGCGGGACCAGAUCACCUCCACCUUCUUUGCAUCUUCAUUGCCAGCAACCGUGUGUUCACGGAGGGUACCUGUAAGCUGCUGACCCUGGUGGUCACAGACCUGGUGGAUGAGGACUUGGUGCUGAACCGCCGGAAGCAGGCUGCUUCAGCACUUCUCUUUGGGAUGGUGGCCUUGGUGACCAAGCCUGGCCAGACCUUUGCCCCACUGCUAGGCACCUGGCUGCUUUGCUUCUAUACUGGUCAUGACCUUUUCCAGCAGCCCUUGCUGGCCCCAGUGGGCAGUGCAAGGCCUUGGCUGGAUCCCCCUGCCCCACCUCGGGCACCAACAUUGCGUCAGGGAUGCUUCUACUUGCUGGUGCUGGUUCCCAUCAUGUGUGCGCUGCUGCAGCUGAUCACUUGGUCACAGUUCACCUUGCAUGGGAGGCGCCUCCAUAUGGUUAAGGCCCAACGCCAAAGUCUGUCCAAACCCUGGGCUCUGGAUAUUAAGACUGUCUGAGGGGCCUCAGGGGAAGGCAGACUAUGGUGCUGGUUGCCCAGCUACUCUUUUGCCUGAGCCAGGAGCUGGGAACUUCCUUACCCAGGCUCCCCCUCUGCCUUCGUUUCUCAGGUACAGCAGGAACAUGACCGGGGAACGAAAACCCUAGUUUUUACCUUGGACCCAGAUGCUGAGGUCACAAUUCUCCAUCCUUCCUCCCACCUCCUGGCAGUUAACUCAGGGUGAAGGCCAUGAAGUGGAUCUUUAGGAUCUGGUCAUCAGCUGCUUAAAGUGGCUGAAAAGAAUCAGGAAUUGGGUAGGACUGAGUGGGGGAGAGGUACAUUGUCCUCCCCCAAGUCUGCACCCUUUGUCGUGUGCCCAACACACAGAUAUUAAAUGGAGCACUUACUUUCUGCUUGCGCAGAAUGGGCAGCUGGCAGGGCUGGGGGCAGGCCCCUUCAAAAGCUUGGCUUGGCCUUGACUGCCUGGGUAGAGGCUGCAGGAGGAGGAGCUAUUCUCUGUAAGGAUGGCCAGGUUGAUGAUGUCAGUGGGCCUACAUGGCUGCCAGAGUUGGCCUGUGACUGAAGAUCAAGGUGGUGGCACUUUGUGGGUGCCUUCCUUCCCCAAACUCUUUGUCAUUUCAAAUCCUCUCUACUUUGUGCUCCACUCAUCCCAGGAAUGGGUUCAUUUUGCAGGGACUCAUUAAAGCCAGUAAAUCAUU